GCCGCCCUCCAGCGCCAUGGCUCCGGCUAGGAAGGGCAGCAGUCGGGCCAAGACCGACACUGUACGCAGCCGCAAGCUCGCCUCCUUCCUGAAGGACUUCGACCGAGAAGUGCAAAUACGAUCCAAGCAGAUUCACUCGGACCGGCAGAACCUCCUCAAGGAAUUGGACAACCUGUACAACAUCGAGAUCCUGCGGCUGCCCAAGGCGCUGCGCGAGAUGAAGUGGCUCGACUAUUUCGCUCUUGGAGGAAGCAAACAGGCUCUGGAGGAGGCAGCAACUGCUGACCUGGAUAUCACAGAAAUCAACAAGCUAACAGCAGAAGCUAUUAAGACUCCUCUGAAAUCUGCCAAGACCCGAAGGGCAGUGCAGCUGGAUGAAAUGAUAGUGGAAGAAGAAGAAAAUGAAAGUAAUCAUCAAACUGCAAGAGUCAAAAGAUGUCCUCCAUCAAAGAAAAGAGCCCAGUCCAUACAAAAAAAGAGCAGAAGUAAAAGGUCCAGCCACUGUAAGAUUCUGACCCCAGCUAUGAGUCGCCUGGAGUUGUCCAUGGUGAAACCAACGCCAGGCCUGACACCAAGGUUUGACUCCAGAGUCUUCAAGACCCCAGGCCUGCGCACUCCAGCAGCCAGGGAGCGCAUCUACAACAUCUCCGUGAAUGGCAGUCCUCUCGCAGACAGCAAAGAGAUCUUCCUCACUGUGCCCGUGGCUGGUGGCGAGAGCAUGCGAUUACUGGCCAGUGACCUGCAGAGGGUUGACAUUGCACAGCUGGAUCCAGAAGCCCUCGGCAACAUCAAGAAACUCUCUACUCGUCUUGCCCAAAUAUGCAGCAGCAUACGGACUCAUAAAUGAGGCACUUCGGCACCUGAAAAGACCAGACCCCUCUCUUUCUGGUUGCUGAUUUGCGUGUGAA